AUGACCACUGAUCCUUCUGCUAAAUUAAAAGCUGCUAAGAAUUCCUUAGUGGCUUCAUUAUUUGAAUUAUCUAAAUCAGCUAAUCAAACUGCCUCCUCUAUUGUCGAUUUUUACAAUAGUGUUGGUGAUGAUGAAGAAGAAAAACUAGAAGCCUUCACCACUUUAACCGAAUCAUUACAAACUUUGACAUCUGCCACUUCAAACAUUAAUGAAAUUGGUAUGGAUUUGAUCCAUGGUACUUCCAAUGAUGCACUAAAGGAUGAAACUAAUGAUGCAUCAAGUCCAUCAUCAUCAAACGCUCACUCCAAAAAAAAGAGAGCUGAAAAGGAUCCAAAUGCACCAAAAAAGCCAUUAACUGUCUUUUUCGCCUAUUCAGCUUUUGCUCGUCAACAGUUACGUGCUGAUAGAGAAAAUGAAGGUUUGCCACCUUUAUCAUCUACUGAAAUCACCCAAGAAAUUUCUAAAAAAUGGAAAGUUUUAGAUGAAGAAGAAAAAGAUAAAUGGAGAGCAGCUUAUAAUGUAGAAUUAGAACAUUAUCAAAUGGAAAAGCAAAAAUAUUUGGAAUCUAAAAAAAAUAGGUGA